AUGAACACCACGAGCUUCUAUUUGACCCUUCACGGUCAACAUCACACUCCUACAUCUCCUGUGGCUCCCACCAAUGCUCUCUCCUGUCAGUCUGGAUUUUUAACAUUUGGCAGAGACGAAGCUAGUGCUUCCGUCGGUGUGAGCUACACUCCAUUGAUAACAGUUCCCUACAGUGAAUCAUUGUACGGCGUAUGGUUGGAGGAUAUUGCCGUUAAUGGCAUUCCAUUAGGAAUACCAUCCAUUAUUUUUUUCUCCCCUGGCACCGUGAUAGAUUCUGGAACCCCUAUAACUCUCUUGCCUCAAACAACAUUCAAUGAGCUACGUUACGAGUUUCGAAAGCAAAUGAUGUUCUAUGGUCAUAAACUUUUGCCAUCAAACAUUAGCAAAGGGGACACCUGUUAUGACUUGACGGGUAAGAAACAAGUUUACAUCCCCAAGGUAAGCCUUGUCUUCGUCGAAGGAAUCACCAUCGAAUUGGACCCAACUGGAAUUCUAUGUGUGUUUGAAGGUGAAGCACAGGGUUGCUUGGCGUUCAAUGGUGUCCCUGACUAUACCGCGCCUACAAUACUGGGCAGUGUCCAGCAAAGAAAAAUAGAGGUGAUACACGAUGUCGGGGGAGGCAGAAUUGGCUUUAGGCCUUCUGCGUGUGUCUAG